AUGCAACAGUCUCUUGAUGCAUACUAUAAUGAUAUUAGGGACGUUCGUGUCUACUUCCGCAUGAGAAAUAUGAUGGAGGGGCCAUUAAAUAACCCAGAAGGUUUAGAGAGCUACAGAAUCAGCCAGCUUCCAGAUGCUGCAUACUAUGUUCCCAAUUUUAUUUCAGAGGGUGAGGAGGAGAUACUUUUAAACAAAAUAGCGUCUGUUCCAGCUCCUAAAUGGACACAAUUAUCCCGCCGGCGGUUACAAACAUGGCCAUCUGCGCUCAGUAAAUCCAAUACCCUGCUCGCCUCACCGCUGCCAGAAUGGCUGGAACUUCCUAUUACCUCUCGGUUUCGAGAUUUAUGUAUAUUUACCGACUCCCCUCACCAAUCGCCCAAUCAUGUACUUAUUAACGAGUACCAGCCAGGGCAAGGGAUAAUGCCUCAUGAAGAUGGUGCGGCGUACUAUCCGAUCGUGGCGACAGUAAGUCUUGCGGCGCCGAUUAUCUUGGAUAUCUAUGAUAAGAGACAGAGCGAUCUAUCAGCUCCAGAACCCCCGUUAGUGGAGACGCAGGAGGCGGUGAGAGGCCAGAGAGUUCCACGGUUUCGAAUUCUGCAGGAAAGGCGAAGUCUGCUGGUUACCACGGGGAAUCUAUACUCUGACUUUUUGCAUGGGAUUGCAGAGAGGGUGUCUGACGAAGAUCUUGGAGAAGACACGAUAUGCAAUUGGGGUAACCUGGGUGACAGCCAGCCCUUCUGCGCAGGGAAAUACGAGAGACAGACACGGAUUAGUCUGACAUAUAGAGAUGUGCUGAAGGUAUCAAAGCUUGGAAAUAGUAUAAAAUAUCUAAGUAAGCGAUGA